AUGUUCACUCUCCCGGAUAUCGCAGGGCGAUAUCCAGUCGGGGCGACUACAUUCGCCAUUCCGCUGAAUGACCCUCAGGUGAUCGGUUCAGGAAAACUGCGAAGACCGAGCGGAAACGUCACACGCGAACCUGCAUUGCUUCUUGAAGAGGUCGUCUUCACCGCAUUCUACCCGGCAGACAUCAGUAAUCCAAGUGUAGAUGGCACACCUCCAGAGAAGCUCAGGAAGUCCAUGGAGUGGGUCCCGAAACCGGUCAGGGAGACGAUGCAUGGAUAUGCACACUUUGCGAAAUCUCCUUUCUGGAUGUCUGAAGUAUUUAUGAGCUUCGUGGCCUCUCGUCUUAAGCUGCCCGUAUAUCCUAACGUGCCGCUCCUUGACCGUGCUUCUUGUUCUGAAGAUCCGCACGCGCAAUGGCCGCUUGUGUUCUUUUCCCAUGGACUUAGUGGUACUCGAACAACAUACAGUCACCUCUGCAUCCGUCUCGCUUCUCAAGGCAAGGUCGUCCUCGCUAUGGAGCAUCGAGAUGGUACUGCCCCCGUGGUUAUGUCACACUUUGCAUCAACAGCGAAUAAAGGUUACAAGCCUAAGGUUAAAUUCUACCUGCAUCCUGAGGACGUAAAGUAUGAACUCAAGGAAGAAGCUGCAAAGAUAGCUUUUCGAGAGGAUCAGCUGCUCUUUCGACGGAUGGAAAUCUAUCUCGCAUAUAGAGGCUUCGCUGACUUCACGAAUGCGCGUCCACCUCCACAAGCUGAAAUGCCGCUACUGGGUGACGUCCACAUUGUUCACGGGUGCAGCGCGCAUGAGAUUCUCAAGCAUGGCCCAUUCUGGAGUAGCUGGACGACAGGCCGAAUGCAGUUUAGCGAAGAUGUGGACGUAGUGGGGCAUUCAUUUGGUGGAGCUACCGUGUUAUCUAUCCUGUCGAAUCCACCACCCUCUCUCGCAUUUCGGGACUCUUUCAUUCACCCGGAAGCACUCCCGAUAACACACGCGCUUGUGCUUGACCCGUGGCUUGAGCCACUGCCCACUCCGGGUCCUGCACCGAACAUAGAGGCCACGCGCGACGCAUGCACGCCACACAUCCUCGUGCUCAAUUCUGAGCAGUUCACUCUAUGGACAGACCACUUUGCACGACUUCAAGGCGUCGUGAGCUCCUGGCACAGCGAGCACGGCCGGGAGGGCGGACGCGAGCCAAACACUACCCCAGAUACUGCAUCUUCUUCUCAUAAAGGCGAAUCAGAGCCCGUCAUCGUUCAAGCGAAGCUCCUGACGCUGAUACGCGCAAAGCACGUCUCGUUCUCGGACUUCAGCGUCAUACCACCGCUGGGAAACGUGUCGCAUACGGGGAGGCAGGUGCUGAGGAUAAUUGGGGACCUGGCUGUGGCAUUUUUGAGUGAUGAGGAUGGGAGAGAGCUAGGGAACGUUCUGAUGGGGCUGCACAUAAGGGACAUGGAGGUAGAGCACAAAGGCGAGGUCAAGGGUGCGCCGCCGGGGCGACGGAAGAGAAGGAUUGUAGGCGAGGUUGGGGAGGUCAUAAUUCAUUGA